GUGCAUCUUCCAUAACCCCUGAGCUACCGGUUACAUUGUUACGAGACAAUUUGAGUAGCGUACUAUAGUUGGCAGCCCUGAAUUAUGGCCUCCAUUGCUCAGCCGUGGUUGAUCUCCAAAUUCGUCGAUCCCAUUUUCGCCAUCGGUGUCGGCCUCUCAGCGGCGUACGUGCGUAUCCGUCGCGAAGAGCGCGAAAAGUACCCCGAUCAAGACUCGAGUGCGUCGGCCUUAUGGCAGAAGGGUGUGAGGAUGAGUAGGAGCUACUUUAUGCACGAGGUCGCAGAGGAGAAGUGAUCGAGGAUUGGGAGCACAUUGACCCACGCAUCGAGCUCCCAAAGGAGGUUGGUUCAAUGGGAACCAGCAGCGCAGCUGAGCUGAGCUGAGCUGAGCUGAGCUGAGCUGAGCUGAGCUGAGCUG